UCUCGCCUAAAACCUGGAGGAACUUAAAACAUCUAUAACGCAAUAACAGAGGCUACAAAUUUCCGACACUUCUUGGAUUUUUAAAAAAUAUUCAAAAGUUUUAGCUCACGAAAUUUAACGAGGCCAGUUAUACGCCACUUUACCUUGUAAUUGUGACUCUUUUAUCGCGCGGCGUCGCUGACUUCCUUAGCGAACAGCUAGCUGCAACAGUGGUUAACAACAGUGACCAUGUGGAAAUUGUUCGAAAAACAUUUUCCGAGUGUGAUAAUAGCAUAAAAGAGCUACAGGUCGGCCCACAGCUUUCAGAUUAUUUGUGACUGGCUGUGUUCAUUGUUUUAUAAAAGCAAAGAGAGCAUCCUGAUGAUGGCGUCUGCUGAAGGGGCUGUUGAAGAUGUUGUGGCUUCCCUAUCCACUCAGGAAAAUCAAGAACCAAAUCCGCAAAAUGCUUCACAAAGGAGAAACACCACUAAGCUCAAAAAACAAAAAGCAAAAAAGAAAAGGACCAACGUGAAAAAGAAAAGGACCAACGUGAAGAGAAUGGAGCACCCCAGAUACACGGUCCACGAGGGCGAGGACAUGCUCCUCGUCUUAUCCAGCACCACUUCGCAGGACUGUAGCCCCACAUGGGUCCCCAAGAUAAAGAAGAAAAAGGGAGGACAGAAAAAGAAUGUCGAAAAAGAGGAGACGCCGCCUUUGUUAGCGGCGAAGCCACACGACCGCAGAUGGGGUCAAAAUCUUCCUGAGGAGGUUCUGGUUAAUAUUUUCAAGAUGGUGGUCAUGGAAGAUGGUGCCGUGCCCUUUCUGUGCAGGGUGGGAAGGGUGUGCCGCUUGUGGAACAUCGCCGCCGCCUCUCCUAUCCUGUGGCGGAAAGUCUCCGUCGGUCACUGCUGGAUCGCGCCGGGCGAACAUCAGAACCCAGAAAGUCGGAGACUGAUUAAAAACACAUUCGAUUGGUUAACGCAGAGCAGAUUCUCUCAGCUACGGGAUUUCUCCCUCCAUCAUUGGACUGAGAAUGUGGACUAUGCAGUCAAUGUUGUGUCGCAGUUCUGCUCUCAUCUGAGCUCGCUCACGCUCUCCUACUGUACUGGCCUAACGGAGGCGGGCUUCCAGAGUUUGGGCCUGCACGGCCACUCACUGCGUAGCUUAAACCUACAGUACACGAAGUUUCAAGAGGCUGGUCUUCUCACUUACCUGGAUGAUCACGGCGCACAAAUCCAGCAGAUUAAAUUCACCCACAGACCAAAGUGUGACCGACUUUCCUUCAUCUCUAGGGGAUACUGUCCCAAUUUGGAGAUGCUGGAGGUUAACACAAAGCUGGACAGUCAAGACAACGAAGUGACUGUUUGUAUCCAAGCGCUACAGAGAGCUUGCCCUAAACUUAAGACGUUCCGGAUGCUGAACGUCUGCCCGGUGUUCAAGAAUACUAAUAGUAGUAAUGGUGCUGAAUCAUCUCCUGGCUUCCCUCUACUGGAGGAGCUGUGUAUUGCCACUGCGUCGUACACCUACAUAAACGACAAACAGUUGCGGGACACACUCUUUGGCUCCCCCCGGCUGCGGGUGCUGGACCUGCGUGGCUGCUCACGCAUUACAUCUGCGGGUCUGGAGGCUUUACCUUGUCUUGAACUGGAGUGCCUCUUCUGGGCUCAGUAUUUCAGCAGCCACAUGGGCACAUUGUCCCUGAAUACGGGCCUCCAUGCCCUGACGCAGAAGUGGAGUCACACGUUGCGGCAGCUGGAUGUGGCCAAUCAGCCUUUUUCUCAGGAGGACUUGGAGGCGGCGAUGUUUCAUCUGGCCCAGGCCAACCACACAGACACCCUGCGGUCACUCAACCUGAGCGGGACCAAAAUCACAGCAGGUGCCCUGAGGCUUCUCAUCGGCCAAACAUCAGCACUAGACUACCUCAACCUGUCCUCCUGUCGGGAUCUACCCAGAGGGGUAAAACGAAUUUAUCGCGGACAAGAGGAAAUUCGCCAGUUGCUGGACAAAUUGGAAUGCAGUCAAACCUCGGUUUUCGACCACAAUCCGUUCGAGAAGUGAAUCGGUCUAAUUCCAAUCUAUUUU